AUUGAUUACGAAUUUCAAAUGUUGGAACUACAUUCUUAAAAUUAAAAGUUACGAAUAUUGGCAAAAAAAAGUCAUUAAAGAGUGCAAAACGUUGAGAGAACAUAACUGUUUUUGCAUGAAGAACAUAACAAAUUUGAGAUACAUUUUAUUACGUUCGAAACUUCCUGGAAAUUGACUUGCUCGUUUACCCGGACAACAUACGAAAAGAGAAUUAGACUUCCAUGUGCUUCCCGCUCCCGGUAUCAUUCCAUAAAAUUCCAUUCAGCAAAAUAAAUUCGUUCGGAAUUAGACUAACCUAAUUAGGAUUGGUGAAAGAAAUUUGAACACAAUUAGGAAUUAAACUGUUGAGUUAGCUAUCUUGGUUGAGUGAUGAUCAGCAAUUUUUUAGCAUGUUUAUACUUUAAAUCAUUUGAAAGCCCGAGUGUAUGUCAUGUGUUUGACAAAAUUCCUCAACGUGAUAAAACGGAAGGGUCUCAAAAAGUUGGCACUUGGCAUUGAAGUGUUCAUUAUGGUAACUGGAAAGCAAUGCAGAUUCAUUGAAAUCGACAUCCCUGGUGUGGACUGCAAUCACUGAGGUUCGACGGAAUGGAAAACAAAGGUUCAGGUGAAAGCCAUAAAGGACGGUGAUGCUCUGUCUUCAUCAGCGUUUAUGGAAUUCAGUGAUAGUUUUGAGCAGCAUCAAAUUUUGGAAGGUAUUCCUCCUGAAAAACCCUGCAUAUGAUUAAUGUUUGGUAGUUAUUCCUCUCGUUAUCAGUUAUGAAGUAUUAGGCUUUUGGUAAAGACGUAUAAUCCAUACAGAGAACUAAUAUGCAAAUUAAUCAUAUAUAGCAGCAAUUGUCGAUGAACUCAAUACUUAUACAAAAUUAAGGAUCAUGAAUUGAUUAAGCUCUCUUUUUAAUUUUUUUUUCCCGGAAGAAUCAAACAGAAGUAAUUAGUGUAUCAGAUGAAAUAAGAUGCUGCUUUAGUUGGAUCCAUCCCUAAGAAGCAUCUGAACAUUGAUUGGUGUAUCCUCUGUAUAUUUGACCUGUUUGCACAUUAUACAGUACUUUACUAAAUUCUCUGCACAUGCUUCUAAUACUCCCUCUGUCCCCAAAAAAAAAAAAAUAGUCCACAUUGAGUUUUCAAAUUCGUAGUAGAAUUAAUAUAAAUCUCAAAACUCAAUAUGAAAUAGUAUAUUUUAAGGACAGAGUGAUUACAUUACACUUCCUCCGUCACAUGUUUAUUGUACUAACUAUAACAAAAAUGACAACAAUCAUUUUGCGGCAAAAAGAGUGUAAAAUAAUGAAGUCAAAAGUGGAGCAGACAAACUCUUGAUAUCUUAAUCUGUUUGGAACUUGGAUAUGUGUGUUUGUUGCCACUUUCUCCAUAAAAAUGCAGCCAAACCAAAGAUUAAGCACAAAGAAAUCCUUAAUUGCAGCAAAACCAACUUUCUGCGCAUGCUCACAACUUUCCUCUUUAAUUCCAUGUUCAAGGUAUAUAAUGACCUUACUCGCAUGCUCACAAGUGUUGUAGUAUUUCUAUUUUCAUUUCCAGAGAAAAGUAAACAAGAAAUAAAAAUUUGGGACGAUGAAGAUUUGUCUUCACGUUUGUGCAAUUUUAUCUUUUUCUUUAUUUUUUUUUAAAAAAUCUUUUUUAAUAUCAGUUUUUGGUUUUUCAGAUUUGUUUUCUUCCGAUCAAUCAUCAAUCUUAAAUUUAUUUUAUGCUGUCAUGAUCACAUCAUCUAAUGUGUUUAUGCGUUAGUUUAUUAUAUUAAACGAUGGAAAGCUCAUUUCCUUUUUGAAAAAAAAAAAAAAUAGUGUGAGUUGGGUUUUGACAAAGAUUGGUUUACUGUUUUACAUCACCAACUAUAUCAAAAGGAAGUUAAGAGAGAGAUCAAAUUCACAGUCCAAUUGCUCUGUGUGCUAGUCUGUUUUAGACUUUUUUUAGUUCAUCUCAUCUUCAUCUUUGCCUUUGCCUCCAACCUUCAGUAUCUCUCCUCAUCUCUUACAUCCCCUUUAGAACUUUACAUCAAUAUUCUCCACUGAUUUUCUUACCUUUUUCAUCAACUUUGUUCACUUGUAAUAAUUAUCCGUAUCGUCCCUGAACUCUUACACCUUUUUAGACCUGUAUUUGAAUAUUCUCCCCUGAUUUUUACCUUCUUCAUCAACUAGAAGCCUUUCAAAUCCUUCAGAUUCUGUUCACGAUUCAGAACAAAAACUAAAAAAGAUGUCCACCAACAAGAAGAUGGUCUCUACCAUCCUUACUUCCAUUCAUUCUGCCUUUCGGCAGCUAGAUCUGCUGGAGCAACUGAAGGGAGUUGAUAGCUCCAGGGAGCGUAGAUCUUUGAAGCGAGCAAGAUAUUGGUUAAGGACAGUCAAACUGUUUGUUCUUUCUGCCAGAAAGUUGGGAAAUGAUGCAAAUCUCAUGUCUUUCUUGAUAAAGGUUCGGGAAGCUGUUGGCAAACUUGCAAAGCAUGCAAAUAGUAUUCGUCGUCAUUGCCUUGGUUAUGAAGAUCCCAUUGACGACGUUCAAGAAGGCCUGGAUUCUAUCUUGGAGGAAUUUGGUGAGUGGUACGGUACUCUCUUGAAUACCCCGGCGCAGUCAACUUUACUCAGGAAAGAUGAAAUCUUGGAAAUCAUGGACUCCUUCCUAGAGAAUCUCGUGGAAUUCCCCAAAGUUGAAGCUAAAUCUUCCGUCCCUACUACUCUGCUAGAUGCCAUGAAUACCUUGGGAGAGCAGAUGUCAUUCCUGAAAAGUCUCAUCCUUUUUGUCACACAGACACAAGGUAACAAUGAACUCGAAGAACAUUUGUCGUCUCAUGUCAGAGAUGUUGCUAUCUGUGCUGGAUAUCUCCUCACAUUUGCAUCUUAUAACUGUGAUAAUGAAAAUCUUGAAGAACUAUUGUCGGGGAUUGAAACAUUGGUGGACUCUAUCAAGCCUAUUCAUCCAGAAAGCUGUGAGGCUUACAUUGACGCCCUGAAUAGCUUGAAGCAGGCAGGACGGUUACUUGAUGCUCCCACUGAUCAAGGAACGGAUGACAAAGCCCUUACAUCAACAAAGAAUUUCAUUGAUUCUCUCAUACUAUGCCAUGGGACAUGUUGUCAUCCGAUAAUAUCUGUGCUGGUGUUGCUCUGCUGGAUCAACUCCAAAAGCUAUACGAAGGGCUCAGAUCCUUGAGAAAAGUGAUUCUCAAGGAGCAGCAGCUUGACAAAAUCAAAAUCAAGGGAGACAUUGUUACAGUGGUAUGUGAUGCAGGAGUCUUUAUUUUCUUAAUGGGCCAGGAAGAUACAGAAUUAGACCUCAGUAUGCUUCAUGAUUUGUUAGAAGCAAUCACGAACGUGUUGGCGAAACUUGGUCAUAAAGAUUUACAAGUAUCAAUGUUUAGUCAAUUGGGCUUUUUUGACUUUUUAUUAGGAAAAAUGAUGGAGCAUAUGAAUAGCAAUGCUGAACAAUCUGCCAAGAGUCAAGCUCAAAGUAUUAGAGAGGAACUCGUCCCCGUGAGAUCUUUCUUGAGAGACAUUGUGGAGUUGCGCCAUGAUAAGGAGGAACUCCAAACUCUUUGGAUCGUGCUUUUGAGGUGGCAUACAAAGUAGAGGACCUCAUCGACUACACCAUUGUUGGCGAUCUUCCAGAUUCUCUAUCAGCAUCGUUUGACACUAUCAUGGAAGACAUCAGCAAUAUUGAGUCGGAAAUCAAAGUCAUCAACGGGCCAGAAAUCAAAGUGAAGAAAGUAGCCGAGACUCACAGCCGUAUGAAAUCAACAACUCCCUCAAUGUCAAAGGAAAUUGUAGGCUUUCACAAGGAGGCAAACUCAAUCACUAAUCGGCUCAUCAGGGGAUCGAAGAAACUGCAGAUAGUUACCAUCGUGGGUAUGCCUGGAGUAGGCAAGACCACUUUGGCUGAAAAAGUUUAUAACGAUCCAUCUGUCUCGUACAAUUUUUGUGCUUGUGCAUUCACUACAGUUUCUCAGACAUUUGACAAAAUGAGAGUGCUGAUCGACCUCUUGAAACAGGUUUCCCCGGACAAACAUUCUAAGAUUACUCCUGAGAUGACCGUUGAUGAUGUAUCACACCAGCUGAGGCAGAUUUUGAAGCGCAGGUCAUAUCUCAUCCUUUUGGAUGAUAUUUGGGAAGGUGAAGUAUGGCAGCGUUUGCUACAAUGUUUCCCUGAUGAUUCUGUGGGAAGUAGAAUAUUGUUAACAAGUCACUGUCAUGAUGUUGCUCAUGAACCACAUGAACUCAAAGAGCUUAAUAAGGAUGACAGCCUAGAAUUAUUGCAAAGGCAGUUAUUCGGUGAAAAUGGUUGGCCGGUCGAAUUAGGUGAUCUUGGGAUGAAAAUUGCUGAUGUUUGCUGUGGAUUACCUCUCACAAUUGUCAUUGUAGCUGGGGUCUUAAAAUCCACAAAGCCAGAUGAUUGGAUGGGAAUUCUUGACACUUUAAGUUCAGGUGACUUACCGAAGCGCUGCAGGGACACAUUGGAGUUGAGUUACAGAAAUCUGCCAGAACAUUUGAAGCCUUGCUUUCUCUAUCUCGCAGCAUUUCAAGAGGAUGAACUGGUCUCAGUCAGAAGAUUGCUGCAUUUAUGGAUGGCCGAAGGGUUCAUUUGGAGAGUGGAGAUGAUGCGCCCAUCAGAUGUAGCUGAAGAGUAUCUAAAAGAAUUAAUCGGCAGAAGCUUACUUUUGGUUUCCCAACAAAAUUCCGAUGGAAGAGUUAAAUCAUGUCGCAUUCAUGACCUGAUCUAUGAAUUUUGUUUGCAGAAAGCCAAAGAUGAACAUCUUUUCCAGUUCUUAGAAGGAGGAUAUAACGAGUUGUCAGAGUUUAAUGAACCACGAUAUGCACGGAGGCUAUGCAUUCACUCUCGUGUGGAACAUUUUAUAAAGUCCAAACUGUAUUGUUCUCGUAUUCGUUCCCUUCUUUUCAAUAAUACGAAGAACGAAAUAGUAAAGCAAGAUAUCUCAUUCAUAAUGGAAACCAGCAGACUUCUAAGAGUGUUGGAUUUGGAGAAAAUUUGUCUAUCACACGGGAUCCCUAGUGAAAUUGGUCUACUUGUUCAUUUGGCUUACCUAGCAAUUGGAGGCAACAUAUCGGAGAUCCCACCAUCAAUAGGUAAUCUUUCUAGUUUGGAAACUUUCAUCCUAGUUCAAUGGACAGAAAAAGACAUUUUAUUGCCUGACAGUUUUUGGAAUCUACAGAAAUUAAAGCAUUUUUACGGAAAGGGAGAUUCUUUUGCUGUUUUGCCUGUGGAAAAUUUUGACAACUUAUCUGAUUUAGAUGAGCUGGAUAGAAUUUCUGGAGUGAUUUUUUCUUGUACGGAUAGCAUGGAAGGUGUGAUCAAAAAAGUUUCGACACAUUCGUAGGCUGAAAUGCAAACUCAGCGGAUUGGAUAAUCAUGGAGGAACUCUUGUCAAGAUUGUAGUUCCUAACAUUUUAGCUCAACUGAAAUCACUUCAUAUUUUUGCCGACGAACUUAGACCUUUUCAGUUUGAGUUUAGUUUGCCGGAAAAUCUGAAGAAAUUGGAUUUGACAAGCUUUCAUUUGUCUGAGAUUAGUCUUUCAAGCAUUGGUAAACUUCCAAACCUUGAAGUCCUCAAAUUAGGGGCGGUAAGCUUUGAAGGGGACACAUGGACAAUGGAAUCAGAGGAGUUCCCCAAAACUUUGCUCAUGGAGUGUUUCUGAUGAUCAAUUCGAGUGUCUUGAGAAGUUAGAAUUGGAAUUAUGUGAAGGAUUGGAAGAGAUGCCUUCUUGUUUCGAAAACAUUCCAACACUUCAAAUGAUCAAGGUGAUUUAUUGUUCUGAAACUAUAGUAGAGCAGGUGAGAAAGAUUGGAAAAGUACAGUUGGAAUGUGGAAAUUCAGAUCUAAAGCUCAUUUUUCAGGAUGAUCUUGAUGAAUCCGAUGAUAUUUUUGAAUUUGAGUCAGAUGAGUUUGAUGGAACCGAAUCUUUCAGAUGAUCUUGAUGAAGAAGAUUGAGGAAGUACAGCUGGGUAUUAGAAACUCAGAUCUGAGGAUCAUUAUUUGACACUAUUGAUUCUGCACCUCUUUGUGCUGGAAUUGGUAGAAGCCACAAUGCUGGUUGCAGUUCACUCCCUGCUGCUAUUUCUGUACUGAUAAAUUUAAUGCUUUGGUUGGUUUAUCGUGUUGAUUCCAUUGAUUGAAUUGCACCUGUUGGUAUUUUAUCUCAAUAUCAUUGAACUAAUGUUGAAUUUCCUUUUAAAGAGUAGUUUAAUUUCAGAAAUUCAUUUCUGCCAUUUAUUUAUUCAUUUUUCGGCUUUUGGUGCUAAUAAUCAUAUCUCAUCAAAUAAAUUUGACUGCAUAUGUGUAUGUUAAGAUGAUUAUUAGUGCAGUUUCACUGCUCGGUAUAGUUGGAAGUUAAUACUAGCUUUAAGUUAAUUGUUAGCACUCUGAAGAAUAAGCCCCCUCGUCUGAAUUUACUUUUGAACUUGGAUGAACCACAUG